CUUCAAUCAGUUUAAACCUAUUUUCAAUUGUUACGAUUGGUUUGUUUUUCCUCCAUCAGUAUUUGUAAACUCCCGUUACAUGUUUCGUGUAAAUAAAGUGAUUUAUUGCUGAAAAUUGCAAGUUCCAGCGACGGAAAAUAUCUUAUACGAUGCUUCCGGGUAUCGGAAUGUUCGGCACCGGCGAAAUCACCCGGGUGCUGGUGCCCAUCCUGCGGGACAAAGGCUUCAAUAUUGCGGCCAUUUGGGGGCGCACCUUGCGUGAGGCAGAGGAAGCCGCCCUGGAGCUACAGAUACCGUUUUUCACCAGCAAAAUUGACGACGUGCUGCUGCGGAAGGAUGUCGAUAUGGUGUUCAUCACCUGUCCACCGUAUUUGCACUCGCAGAUUUCCGUCAAGGCGCUCGGGAUCGGGAAGCAUGUGGUCUGCGAUAAGCCCAUGAGCCUGUUUCAAACGGAUGCCCUCAAGAUGGUCCGUGCUUGCCAGUAUUAUCCCUCGUUAAUUUCCAUCGUGAAUCACUCGUUGCGUUUCUUGCCAGCCAUCGGGCACAUGAAGAAAGCCUUGCAGGAGGGUUAUUUGGGACCGCCGGAGCAGCUGUCGUUGAUCGAUGUCAAGGUCCGAAUGAGUUCCUUGUUUCAUAACAAGUUCGACUGGUUGUGCGAUGAGACGAUGGGAGGAGGAGUUCUUAAUUUGGUAGGAAGUCACGUCAUAGAUUUGGUGAAGUUCUUAACAGAAAGGAAGGCUGUUAAGGUCCACGGAACUGUUCGUACCUACAUCAAGCACUUGGGUCAGAUCAAUGGGAUCCGUCAGAUUACUGCUCCAGACUUUUGCACAUUCCAGAUGGAACUGGAAAGUGGGACACUGGUUACGGUCAAUAUAAACUGCCACAUUUCGAAUAAUGCCUUCCACCAGGAAGUAGCCGUCUAUGGAGGGGAAGGUCACUUGACGGUAAGAGGAGGCGAUUUGGUGGGUCACCGGACAACCGGCGAAGCUGGAACGAUCAAAGAGGAAAUGCUUUAUCUCGACGUACAGGAUUUACAAUUUUCCACCUCGGAAACGACACUGCCAAGGCCUUACGUGAAAGGACUCUGUAAAAUGGUUGGUGCCUUACGCGAUGCGUUCCAUCCGAACAAAGAAACCGCAGGUUGGAUAAAAGAACCGGUACAGGCAGCUGCUACUUUUGAAGACGGUCUCUAUGUUCAAGCCGUGUUGGAUGCCGUGCGGAAAUCCAGCGAAGAUCGAUGCUGGACAAAGGUAAAUAUUUGCACUGAUUCUCCAACCAAUCAGAAAUUUUUAUCCGCCGCCAGGAUGACCUCAGCAACUGCCCUCCACUGAAUAAGAGCGGAUUGGCUUUUCUUAAAAGUAUUAGCUAUUUAUUUAUAUUUUAAUGCUUUGCAUUUAGAGAUUGAAUAGCAUUUUUUUUAUCUAUAUGCUGUGCUAUUUUUUAUAGUUUUAACACUUAACUUUUCACCGAUAUUGCGCCUAAUCUAUAUUGUCUUGUUAUUCACUGCUUUUACACAUUCGAAUACAUACAUGGUUGCUAUUAAAUGAUAAA